AAAGGCCCUUGAUGAAAAUAUCUGCAACACCCCUUUAACGAUAUUUUCCAUUUACUUCUCUCUCUCGAUCUCUCUCUCUCUCUCUCCAUACACGCAAGAGCACUCUGUCAAUUAAUCUACCACAAAUGACACCUUCAAUUGUUAAUCGCACUCAAAAGAACUACUCCGUCGCCGAGCUGUACAAAUAUCAUUUUGCUGCCGGCGCAAUGGGCCUCUCGCUGUCGUACGCUUGCAUGCAUCCUCUCGACACCAUCAAAACUCGUAUCCAAGCCGACAACACACACUCAUGGCGACGUAUUUUCACUCGAGAAACAGCCCGCAGUCUGGGCAAAGGCUUCUUUGUCUCUGCACUGGGUGCAGCUGGCCAGGGCGGUGCUCGUUUCAGCACGUACGAGUUCUGCAAGAGUCAACUGAUUCCUGACGACAAGAAAUGGGCCAUUCCUGUCACUGCACUGUCGGCAGUCAUUGGCGAUCUGGCUUCAAGUGUUAUCAAGGUGCCUCGUGAGGUUGUCACAGCCAAGCUGCAAACCGACCACUACGCUGGCCGAUCAACUGCGUCGUUCGUCGUACGCCAGACCUUGGCCGAAGAAGGACCGCGUGGUCUGUUCAAGGGCUUUUGGGCCAUUGCCGCUCGUGAUUCGCCCUUUAUGGUUAUCUUGCUCGUCUCGUAUGAAAACUUCAAGGCUUUCCAUCGUCGCUCAGUACAUCAGGAAUGGAUUAAUCGGGUCAAGCAGCAAAAGAUUGUCGCUAGCGCCGCGUUUGAGGAAACCGGUAUUCCCACCCUACAGACCAUCGUGUACGGCGGUGUCAGCGGCUUCUUGGCCGGUUACCUCACCACGCCCAUGGAUGUGAUCAGAACUCGUAUAAUUACCGAACGUCGCCAUCAACAGCCAGUCACUGCCACGGACAUGACUCGAAGAAUGCUCUACCAAGCAUCCGGAAAGCCAUCUCGCAUGUAUCGUGAGUUCUUUGCUGGCGCCAUGCCCCGAAGCUGCUGGUGGUUUGGUAUCUGUGCCAUCUUCUUCCCUACCUAUGAGACGCUCAAGACGGUCAUGCUCGAUUAGACUCUGCACGCGGUGUGUGUGUGAGAGAGCUCCGCACAUAAACAAGAUAUAUACCCCCUUCCCUCCAUCCACCCAUCCCCUCAUCUUCCCAUAUUAAUGUACAUAGUCUCACGUUGCAAUUGUUAUUCUCCACCUAGAAGCACAAAAAGUUAGUUUUUAAUAUAAAAAACAUAAUCAAGCGC